AUGACCACUAUCUUCCCUUCUGAUGACAUGAUGCAUCCAUCAACGAGAAAGGACUUCAUCUCGCUUACGCUCACUGAUCCAAACUGCCACAUUUACAACAAUGGGAAACACCGCAAACAGUCAUACUGGAGGAAAUGGAAGCAGCUGUCUCGACUGCAGCGAAGCCUUAUCCUCUUUCUCCUUGCUCUCACUCUCGUAUUGGCACUCCUCUCUUAUUCCCACAUAUCAAAACCAAGAACAGAUUUUUCAAAAAAGGAAGACUGGCUGGAAGUGAAUAAAGAUGAGCUGAAGCGUGCAUUUCCUGAUUUGAGUCAUAAACCAGUUGUGAGUCCACAUCCUGUGACUGACCCUAAAGGACCAAACAUCGACAUUUUUCCAAAACUUCCCAUAAAUAAAAGAAUUCCAAAGAGAGGACCACCAAAUCUUCAGAGAAAUGUAAACGUUUCACACACUUUUGUCAUGGGAAGACAAGAACAAGUACAAGAUGAAGAGGAAAAUGGAGAGAAGCAAAAAAAGUUGGUCAGCUGGAGAGGAGCAAUGAUUGAAGCUGAUCAGGUCACUGAGCCUCCACCCUCAGCUAUUGAGAAGGUUGGUGCGGGCAUCCCGGUACCAGCGAUCCCAGCCGCUACUGUCCCAGCCACUGGUGAAUCUGGAGGUGUGGACAGGCUGGAGGCCGUGCGUGAUGCCUUCAGACACGCAUGGAAGGGCUACAAAGACUACGCCUGGGGCCACGAUGAGCUCAAGCCCAUCUCAAAGUCGUUUAGCGAGUGGUUUGGUCUGGGUUUGACCCUCAUUGAUUCCCUGGACACCAUGUGGAUUAUGGGCCUGAAAGAAGAGUUUGCAGAGGCAAAGCAAUGGAUAGAGCAGAAGCUUUCUUUCAACCAAAAUGUGGAUGUGAAUCUUUUCGAGACAACCAUUCGUAUCCUUGGUGGUCUGCUGAGUACCUACCAUCUAACAGGAGACCAGCUGUUCCUGAAUAAAGCUAAAGACCUUGGGUCCAGGUUGAUGCCUGCCUUCAAAACACCUUCUAAGAUCCCUUUCUCUGACGUGAAUAUCGGGAAGGGAACAGCUCACCCGCCUCGAUGGACGACUGAUAGUUCCAUGGCUGAGGUCACAAGCAUUCAGCUGGAAUUCAGAGAGCUGAGCCGUCUCACUCAGGACCCACAGUACAAGGAGGCCGUAGACGAGGUAAUGAGGCAGGUCCACAACCUGCCGGGCAAACAUGAUGGUCUCAUCCCAAUGUUCAUCAACACCAACAGUGGCCAGUUUUCUCACAGAGGCAUUUAUACAUUGGGCGCCAGAGCUGACAGCUACUAUGAAUACCUGCUCAAGCAGUGGCUCCAGGGAGGCAAGACUGAAGAUGAGUUGUUGGAGGACUACAUUGAAGCAAUUGAUGGAGUGAAAAAACACCUUGUCAGACAAACGGGGCCACACAAAUUGACCUUUGUUGGGGAGCUGUCCCAUAACCGCUUCAGUCCCAAAAUGGACCACCUAGUAUGUUUCCUGCCUGGGACCCUGGCACUGGGAGCCCACAAUGACCUUCCAGGGGACCACAUGGAUUUAGCUUCACAGUUGAUGGAGACUUGUCACCACAUGUACACACAGAUGGAGACUGGACUUAGCCCAGAGAUUGUGCAUUUCAACCUACAUGCUACUGAUAAUAAUGACAUUAAUGUCAAGCCUGCAGACCGACAUAACCUGCUGAGACCAGAAACAGUGGAGAGUCUGUUCUACAUGUACAGAUUCACAAAGGACCCCAAGUACAGAGACUGGGGAUGGGAAAUUCUGCAGAGUUUCAACAAGUAUACCAAGGUUUCAGAUGGAGGCUACACAUCUAUCAACAAUGUCCGUGACCCUGAGAACCUGGAGCCCAGAGACAAAAUGGAGAGUUUCUUCCUGGGUGAGACAUUGAAAUACUUCUACCUGCUCUUUUCUGAUGACAUGGAUCUGCUCAGUCUGGACAAAUAUGUCUUCAACACCGAGGCCCAUCCGCUUCCUAUAUGGCCCUCGCCACCCAAGUGAUGGCACCAUACAGGAGAUAUGUGCUUCAGUCCUUGUAAGACUCUUGGCGUUCCUCAGCCAGGUGCGCUGUCAAGCUACUGGACUGCUGUGUUGGUCAAUGACCCAUGGGGGAGCAGGCUACCAGUGCUUUGUUACGUUUUCCAUGUGGAGGAAUUUCUGUGAAAUAUUUCUCAAGGAAAAGCGCUGAGCUGGUCUCUGCUGUAAAUAAAAAGGUUUGGAAGUGGGUCUGGGGUUUGUCAUAUGUGGAAGGUCUUUAUCCCCUGAGGGGCAUUGAUCCUUCUUGUAGUAUGUAUGAACACCAAGUGUGUUUUUGAUUCUUGACUAUGAGAGGGAUGUGAAGUUUCUAUUUAAACAGAUUGCUGUCAGUUCUUGUCUGCAAUUUGAAUCCUUAAUACUUGUUAGUCUUUUGGACAAAAUCCUCUGCUGUAUUUGUUGAGUCAUUAAUUGUCAGAAUCUUAAUCUUGUAUUCAUUUUCAAUUCAUUGCUAAAAACUCAACAGGCGUUAUUGUACAAAAGCUAGUUCAAUCAGAAAAAUGUUGAUAGGCAACCAUUUCAUUCAUACAGGUAUUUUACAUGGCGCAAAAAGAACGUGAAUAACUGCUCUGUACUUAAGCGUCACCAACCCCUGCAGGCUUAAAAAAAGAAAGAUUUGUGUGUCCACUUUGUUAAUCAUGUCCUAUUGGAAUGUCACCAAGAUAUACUGGAUGCCAAAGAGCUGGGAAGCCCCAGAAUGUGUUUACUCACCAAAUACUGCUAAUAGCAACAAAAAACCAAGUAGAUUCAAAAUUCAUUUUCAAAUUGAUGUAUUAAAAAAAAAAAAAAGGAAAGGGAAUGUUAGUAUUGGGCAAUUCUGACGUUGGAGGCUUCCUGUGUGUUUUAUAUGCCUGCUGCAACACAUUUAGGAACAGGGAUACAAAGAUAGAAAAGGGCUCCCAUAACAGUGGGGGAGACUUAAACUGCCCAAAAGUCAUGUUAAGGUGAAGGAUUUAGGAAAACGCCCAAAUUUGUUUUGUUGCUCUUUUAAGUAAUUCCCAAGUGGUUGGACUUUACCCCUGAAUAGCAUCGGCACCAAGGACAUCUACGUAUAAAAUUGUGAUUCAAACAUUUCUUAUGGCGUUCUCCUCUCAUGGCGAAGAUCCAAUCUGCUCAUGUUCUGAUUGAACAGAGGUCUACACACUGAGCCACAUAACUGAAUGUGCACUAAAGUCACCCACGCUAUCCUGUGCCUGAUCUCUGUCGUCGUGUAUUGUUGCUGCAGGCUUACGAAGAGGCAGCAGUCACAGUUUGGCUGUUUUCUAUUGAUUGUAGUGUGCAGGUGACAAAAUGUAAAUGUACAUAUUUUGUAUAAAUGAUUUUGAACUUGCAUUUCCUGCUCCAACAGCAAUUUUAAGUUUGAGCAUUCCACUUUUAACACCAGAACCACUGCCAUAUUUGCACCUUCUUUCCGUUCCAUCAAGAUGCCUUCUAUUUUACCUGCAAUUAAUGUCUGCUUAAUAAUUGAUAAGUUUUUGACAUUGUGGAAAAAUUGUAAAUAACCUAAUUAAAUAUACAUACAUUUCACUUCUACAA